UCCAUCGCUCAUUAUAGCUAAUAAUUGCAAUAUAAUAGUUUCGGGUCCGAAUCGAUACGACGAUUUGAAAUUAACAAUACAUGUGAUAAUAGAGGUUAUGAAGAUAAAUAGAAUACAUGGAAUCCCAAACAAGUAGUCAAAAAAUGCCUUUAGUAAGUAUAUUUUGUGUUUUUAGUCUGCCAUGUUAAACAGUACUUAGAAAAAGAAAUAAGAAUAGCAGCGUCCGUCAUAAAGUCAGAUCUGACACUUUUUGACAAUUCCGAAUCACUAUGAAAAAAUGUAAAUAAAAUUCCAGUAUGUACAAAAUGAUUUAAAAAAAACAUAAAAAUGCCUACGUACCCUCUGGAUAUGAGUAGCCUACCAGCGAGUCGUAAGGGUGCGUUGGAAGGUGGUGUGUGGGAAGCAGAGUGCUCGAUGUUUUACCGCACGUUUAUGUUAUCAUGUCAGAUCUGAAAGCUACUGUAUCUGAAGAAAAUACAUUGUCUGCGAAAGGAUACAAAUUACUUAAAUUUUUAGGUGAAGGAGCAUAUGCUAAGGUAUAUUUAACUGAAUUUGCUGGAAAAGACGAAAACCACAAGGCGUCCCUCGCAUGUAAGGUCAUAGAGACUUCGAAAGCUCCAAGAGACUUCGUCGUGAAGUUUUUGCCACGAGAAAUCGAUGUACUUGUACGCUUGAAUCAUCCGCAUCUUAUUCAUGUACACAGUAUAUUUCAAAGGAAAACAAAGUAUUACAUUUUUAUGCGAUUUACUGAGAACGGUGAUCUAUUGGGAUAUGUUUUAAAAAACGGCUGCGUGUCAGAAAACCAAUCGAGAGUUUGGUUUCGGCAGCUCGCGCUUGGCUUGGAAUAUCUUCACGUAUUGGAAAUUACGCAUCGCGACAUUAAAUGCGAGAACGUCCUCCUGACGGCGAACUUCAACGUUAAAAUAUCAGACUUUGGAUUCGCGCGGUUUUGCGUGGAUGAAGACGAUCAUACUGUUUUGAGCGAGACGUACUGCGGGUCGAUGUCAUAUGCAGCCCCGGAGAUCCUCCGCGGUAAACCUUACCUGCCUAAACCGACAGAUCUUUGGUCUUUGGGAGUGGUUUUAUUUGUGAUGCUGAAUAAGUCUAUGCCAUUUGACGACACACGAAUGCGAAAAUUGUAUGAGCAGCAAAUGGGAAAAAAAUAUAGGUUCAGGUCUCGAGUAGCUAACGUCAUCUCGAUCGAGUGUAAAACCAUCGUAAAGCAUUUACUGGAGCCUGAUCCAGGACUUCGCCACAACACCACACAGGUGCUCAGCUCUGAUUGGAUUGCUAUGGAUAGUAGACUGACGACUUUAAACGCAGUAGAAGCAGCAGCACUUAAGCGCGCAAAAGAGGAACGAGAAAGGCUUUCGGAAAUUCGUCAUACUCCACAUAAGAGACAAGGCGAUAUUUUAGAAGGACCGACAAGGGAUUCAGCGUUUAGGGCAAGUGAAAUGAUAAAGUCUUUAGCCAAUAUAACGUCUAAACAAAAAAAGUAGAUGGAAGGUAGAUCUGCGGCUCAUCACAUGGAAGAAGAACUAAGACUUACUGGAUCUGAACAAUUAACUCUGGCUACACGAGGUUACA